AUGGCGCAGGUAUUGGAGUGUGCAUUGUUUGUCGCCCUCGUCGCCGCCAAUCUUGCACUCGGUUUGUAUUUCUCCGUGCGGAAUGCUCCUUCUCGACGAGUGGAUGCCGGUGCAAGAAAGCUGGAAGUGUUUCUCGGAAGCCGGGCACUGCGAUACCUACCGCUCGCUGCUUCGUCGGUUGCUUCUCUAGUCUCAUCUACGGGGCUCAUCGGCUUUCCGGCACAUUUCUACGCUUACGGCUGGCACGUGUUGUGGAUCAGUUUGGCGCCACUGCUGUUGUUCCCCGUAGCGACGCAACUAUUCGUGCCACUCCUCUACAAGCUCGGUGUCACGUCCAUAUUUGAGUAUCUGCGCCUCCGUUUCAACGCCGCUAUAUCUUUGGCUGCCUGUGUCAUCUACAUUCUUCUCACGCAAAGCGUCGGAGCCAUCUCUAUUUUCGCAGCAUCCCUGACUCUCGUGACAGCGGAGCGAUGGGAACAGCUGCUGGCCAGCGAGAACAUGGAAGAUCAGAUGAGUCUGACUGACCGGGCCCGUAGAGCGGCUGCUGCAAGCGGAGCCCUGGACUGA